AUGAGUCCAGUAAUAGUCGUAACUGGUGCCAACAAGGGCAUCGGAUACGAGAUAUCUAAGAAGCUUAUCGCUGAUGGUGCCAAGGUCAUCAUGACUGACAGAGAUCAAGGCAGACUUGAUGAAGUUGCUAAUAAUCUGAAGCCGUUCGGCGCUGUUAAGCUCGACGUGACUAACGAUGCAUGA